UAUACGGGCUUUUAUUUUGAAAAAGGCGGCCAUUUUGUUUGUGCGCGUAUAUGUGUGUGUUAUUUCCGGUUUGUCCAGAGCGUGCAGGCACACGUGUGUAGAGCAUUAAGAGUGUGGAAUGGCGCAGACAGGAGGUGUAGUGAAGCCGAAGACGAAGCGUUCCAAGCGCUUCCUGCAGAACCGAGAACCCAAGCUGACGGAGAACUGGAAGAACACCAUGAUCAUGAAGGGAGGGAACACGAGUGAAACCGUCACACACGCCCUCAAAGACAUAUACGCGUUAAAGAAACCCAACGCUGUUUUAUACAAGAAGAAGAACAUCAUGAGGCCGUUUGAAGACUCCACAUCAAUGGAAUUUUUUUCGAAGAAGUCGGACUGCUCGCUGUUCCUCUUCGGUUCCCACAACAAGAAACGUCCCAACAACCUGGUGUUCGGUCGCAUGUUUGAUUUCCACGUGUUGGACAUGUUUGAGCUCGGCAUUGAGAAGUUCACGUCACUCAUAGACAUUAAGAAUGCUAAGUGUGCAGAAGGUACGAAGCCCAUGUUGGUGUUUGCAGGUGAACAGUUUGAGACCGAUAAAGAAUACACACGCCUCAGGAGCGUCCUGACAGAUUUUUUCCGAGGCCCGUGUGUACCUGCUGUGCGACUCGCUGGUCUCGAUCAUGUUCUUCAUUUCACUGCUCUGGACGGGAAGAUCUACCUGCGCAGCUACAGGGUGCUCCUGAAGAAGUCAGGGUGUCGGACACCGAGGAUAGAGCUGGAGGAAAUGGGGCCGUCAUUAGACCUGGUUGUAAGAAGGACACACCUGGCCUCAGAUGACCUGUACAGGACUGCUCUCAGACAACCCAAAGGGGUCAAGCCCAAGAAGAAGAAGAACAUCUCCCAUGAUACCUUCGGCACCAAAUAUGGCCGCCUGCACAUGCAGAAACAAGACCUCAGCAAACUGCAGACGAGGAAGAUGAAGGGACUGAGGAAGAGGAGGGGAGAAGUUGCCAUGGAAACCGGGAAGACCAGAUCACCCAAGAGAUCUAAAACUCAGGAAUAAAGAUUUGUGUUAUACAGGACAUGAACUUUUUAUUUUCUAACGUAAUAAACCUCGUCUCACAUCACCUCUGGAGCACAUCUGGAGGAGACGUGUGCUGUAUUUGAGUGAAGGUUCUGGUUCCGAAUUGUGUUUUUUUGCUUUUGUUUCUUGCAUCAAUAAUAAACUCCUGAAAUGUUUCUCAUCUA